AUGUACUUAGUACUUAGUACUACUACUACUACUACUACUACUACUACUACUACUACUACUACUACUACUACUACUACUACUACUACUACUACUACUACUACUACUACUACUACUACUACUACUACUACUACUACUACUACUACUACUACUACUACUACUACUACUACUACUACUACUACUACUACUACUACUACUACUACUACUACUACUACUACUACUACUACUACUACUACUACUACUACUACUACUACUACUACUACUACCUACUACUACUACUACUACUACUACUACUACUACUACUACUACUACUACUACUACUACUACUACUACUACUACUACUACUACUACUACUACUACUACUACUACUACUACUACUACUACUACUACUACUACUACUACUACUACUACUACUACUACUACUACUACUACUACUACUACUACUACUACUACUACUACUACUACUACUACUACUACUACUACUACUACUACUACUACUACUACUACUACUACUACUACUACUACUACUACUACUACUACUACUACUACUACUACUACUACUACUACUACUACUACUACUACUACUACUACUACUACUACUACUACUACUACUACUACUACUACUACUACUACUACUACUACUACUACUACUACUACUACUACUACUACUACUAG